UCCACUUACUAAUUCAGUUAACUUGGCAAUGCUCGAGGGAAAAUCAACCCGGGGGGGUACGAACAUUAUAUGUGCUGGAUUUGACAAGUAACUCAGUCCACAGACCGUUUUGACUGAAGUGGUAACAUAACAUGGAUAUCCACCGAGUCUGAAGAGCGACGGCGGAUUUUGGGAGCCCAGCUCGAGAGCCGCUAUCACCUGAAGUUGGAUAUCUAAUCACUGCAAUGACCGAGUCCUCAAAGCCGCCUUCAGGGAAGAGAAUGAAGGCCCGUGCCCCACCACCGCCUCAGGCUCCUCAACCCGCCCCACGCCACAUCUUCAGAAACAAUGUACCUGAUGGGGGAGGGACGUCAGGCAUGGAUGCCAAGGAGAACAUACUGAGGCCUACUGUGGAUUUACAGCUAACUCUACCACAGGGACACCAAACCUCUAUAACUGAGAAUGGCAGUAAAGCACUGAUGGACCUGCUGGUCGAGCUGUGUAGCUGCUACCACCUCAAUCCAGCACUGCACACUCUGGAGCUGCUGUCGCCCGAAGGCCACAAUUUGGGGUUCAAGCCCAACGCACUGCUGGGCUCCCUCAACGUGGCCUGUGUCCUUAUUAAGGAGAAAGUCUGGGAGGAGAAAGUGGUGCGCAGGCCAGCACCCAAAGUGCCAGAGAAAACAGUGCGAUUGAUGGUGAACUACCACAGCAGCCAAAAGGCAGUGGUCCGGGUCAACCCUUUGGUACCACUUAAAGCUCUGAUACCGGUCAUCUGUGACAAGUGUGAGUUUGACUCUGCACAUGUCUUGCUCCUGAAGGAUAGCAUCAGUCGCCACGAGUUACCACUGGACAGAUCUCUCACAGAGCUGGGGAUCAAGGAGCUCUACGUGCACGAUCAGAGUCUAGUUCUCCAGCCUAAAAUGGCUUCUGCCCCUGCGCUUAACUACUCAGACUCCAUUUGCUCCAGCACUACCAGUUUGGGCAGAGCAGAGAAAAAAGGCCUCCUGGGUAUCUUCCAGUUCAGCAAGAGGAAAUCUAAGACAAAGACAACAUCUAUGGACAUGGAUGACUGUGAUGAUAAAGUAAUCCAAAAUACAGACACACAAUUCUAUGGUGCAUCCACGGUGUCAGGGAUCAGCAUAGAAGAUCGGCCCAGCACUUUGGGCCAGUCCCAGUCGGUUAUGAACAUACCGAGGAUGUCUCCUAAGGCUGAGUCCAAGAAGAGGAGGGCCCCAGCACUACCUGGAGCCCCAACACCCUCCAUGGGAUACGCUAGCUUUGAGGGCUAUCAGAUGGGUCUUGGCUCAGAAAGCCAGCAGAGGAAAAGAAAGGCUCCAGCCCCUCCUCCCACCCCAUCUUCCAUCACCACAGGCCUUGACGACACUUCUGCAUCUGCCACUCCCACCCCUGAUAGCCAUGCUAAUGAGACACCUACCGCGGCCUUCCGUAACAAGGUGACACAGUCAACCACCAUCUCUACUAUCACCGUGGUAACGCAAACAGUAAAACCAGUCCCCUUGAAAACGGCAGUACAACCUCCACCUGUGUGCGUCACCAGCACAACCCACAGCCAAUCCCCGACGCCAAGCAACAGCACUACUGAUAGCCUGGCUGUCCAGGAUUCCAGCUCCGAACUGAGCCACAGCCUCGAUGACUCAGACGCUGACCUAGACCAGACCGGUUCCCAAUGCAGCAGCAUCACCAGCAGCACAGCGAGCGGCUCUGUGCAGGUCCAACCCGCUACAAAAAGCUCCAGCAGCAGGAUGAUGGAAUCGGAAAGGUCUAGCAGCAUGACUGCCAAAUUAAAUCAAGAGACGACCUCAGCUAGCAGCUCCAGGUCGGACACUGAAUCGGCCCUAAAUCUGAAACUGGAUGAAGUUGAGAACAACAGACACAGUGCAAUGGGCACCACUGAUCGACCAGCACCACCCAAACCGCGUCGUUCCCCAGCACGGGAGCCACCACAGCUUGUCUUACCCCCUACCCCAUCCUCCCCUCCCAUUGAGCCCACAGAAAGCAACUCCCCACAGAGUCCCAUGAAGGCGGAGGAAGCAGCUCCCCAGUCUUGGCUGCACUCCACAGCCAGUGGUCAGAAAUCAGAAAUUGAAACACCCGAGGAGGAGACCACAUCCUUGGGAAGCAGCAGCGGUGGCAGCAGCCUGCCUGACCAGGGUUAUGCUGCCUCUGAGGGCAUGGCAGAGGGCGAGGACUCAGGAAUGGUCAGUUCUCCAUCCGACACGCAACCCACAUCCCCUGAUGGGAGUCUGUCCCUGGAUGGAUGUGGUGGAGGCGGAGGAGAGAGACUGCUGGGACCAGUGCGGGACAAUUCCAGUGACAGCGAUGAAGGAUGUGCCACAUGGGGAUCAAGACACAGGCACAAUGACAUCAGCCCACAGGCGAAGUCAGGCAAGGUAAAAGGCUAUGAAGAAGACCCAGAGCUCACAGCCCAGCUCCAUCAGACGUUGGCAGAUUUAGAAGCAGGCCUUGCAGACCACAUAGAUAUAGUCUCAGCGAAGGAGACUCCCUAUACCAUGUCCACAGACAGUAAUGAGGUGCCAGUGUCUGUAGUAGACAUGGAUGUGCCAGUCACAGCCAUAGAUGAAGUACUGGAGGACUAUGAACGUAACAUUGUUGAAAAUGAGGCAAAGUCACUAACCAGGACUGAAUCAGCUAACAGUAAAGGUCCAGGCUUUUGUCACCAGUCCAGUGUAGAGCUACAGAACAAAAACAACAAUGCUUGUACAGCUGCUGACACUAAUAAAAGCAGCAGUGCAAAUACUAAGCAGCCGUCUCAAGCAGAGCUGCAUAAGAAGUCACAGGGGAAGUCUAAAACUGAUAAAAAGGAAGAAAAUAUGCUCGAGACAAAAAUGAAAGAGAGGAGUGUCACUGAAAUCAACGGUGUAAAAGAGGAUAAAGCAGUGAAAUCUAAUGUUGACAUGCAGAAACACAGCAAGAGCACUGAGAUCAAACCUGAUCCUGUGAAAAGUAACACUCAAUCUUUGCAAGAGAAGAAACCUGUUCUCCCAGACAGUCAGAGAACAGUGUCUACAAAAAGAGAUGAAGGGAUACACAGAGUUCAAAAUAACUCCAGCUGCAGUAACUCAUAUGGUAAAAUCACUCAGAACGUCACAUCACGCUUCGGUUUGAAAACUUUCACUGUGGUCCCUCCCAAACCCUCUGUCUUACAUGCUGCUUCCGGAGUGCCAGCUGUCUCAACUGUCAGUGCCAUUAAGAUUGACGAUCAAGGAAACAUGGUGAAAGUGGCUAUCUCCCGGAACAAAGUUGGUGGUUCAUCAGAGUCCGGAAUUAAUUACAGUGAGGGGUCUCCACUUCUUGGAAAAGCCAAAGCAUUUUGGAGCUCAAAUGAGAGACAAGAAAGUGCUGUGCCCUACAACAAAGGUCUCAUUGAUAAGGCUAAGGAGAGCACAGAUGGCUUGAAAAGAACUCCCUCUGCAAUCUCAGAAACUACAUUGAAGACUACUAAUAUUGAGGACCUGAAAACGGCACAAUUUUCAUUUAAUAAACCUGCAGAGAGAGCUCCUCCUAAAGAAGGUAAAGAAGAAGCUAAAGACCUGGUGAAAGACAUCAAAACUGCAAAAGAGGAGCUGGUAGAAAUGGACAGUAAGAUUUCUGUGUCCAAAAACGUUCAGCAACCAAGUAAUAAACCUGCCCUUCCCGCUCCUAUUCUUCCAGACCUGAGAAAAGAUCUGUCCUUCCUCAAACCAUCCAGACGAACCUCAAGCCAAUACGUGGCGUCUGCCAUCAAUAAAUACACCCCAAAGACCUCAGUUAAACCCAGCUCCAUGCCUAACGUACCUGACUCCUCUGCUUCUUUGAAAACUCAGACUAUUGAUUUCCAGAGAUCAAGUCGGUCUAUACAAGUGAAUCCACACCAAUCUUCAUCUUUGUCAGAUAAUAAGGAGAAUGAAUCUGCUUUUAAAUCCAACCCUUCUGGUCCUAAGAGGUCUGUGAGCUACCCAGAGUAUAUGUCAGAUAGCCAGAGGAAUUUUGGAGAAGUGAGACCAGACAGUGGAGGAUUUGGAAGUUGUGUUGGAUCCAUCAAAGGAAGCUCUAAUGCACUUGAAACAGAAACAACCAAGAAUAAGCACAUUCAAAGUGGUAGCCCCGCCCAAAUACAUAUAACCACCAAUAAUGACAGAGAUAAUAAAAAUAUUCUGCCCAGAAACCCCAGCCCUGCAAGAAUCUGUCCUCUAAACUCAUCUGCCAAACCACCCACAGCACCCAAGACAGUAUACCAAGGCCAGACAAGUAACACAUGGGACAUGCCCAAGGCAGCCACCCAUUUAACACCUGAAGAGAAAGAACAACUUUCUGUCACAGUGGCAGACAGUGGUUUGGCUCCUGGGCCUCCGCCAGUGACAGUGUUUGGGCCAGUUAAAAAGUUCAGACCAGUGAUCUGUAAAUCUGUUGAAAAAGAGACUUCGCUGCACAGCAGCCUGAUGGAGGCAAUCCAGACAGGCGGAGGCAGGGACAGGCUCAAAAAGAUAUCCACAUCUGGUACAAGCAGCAUGAAGAAUACAUCUUACGUUGAGGAGGAGAAUGAGAGGUCUGCUCUUCUGGCUGCCAUUAGAGCUCAGAAAAACUCUGGAAGACUGAGGAAGACAAAAUCUGAGGCUGCUGAUGAACUUGAGAAGUUCAGGAAGACUUCUGAGGAGGACAAGAGUGCAGGCCCUCCGUACUUUCCCUCUUUGACUUGCACUUCUCUUCCUGUCUUUACCCCACCACCGCCGCCACCACCAGCACCUAUGAUUGCACAUCCUCCUCCUCCCCCUGUCUUGCCCCAGGGCAAGCCUAGCACUGUGGCACAUCCAAGUUCUAACACCGCCAUGAACCCUGCCAUGGCCAGGGAGGCUAUGCUGGAGGCCAUUCGCUCUGGUUCUGCUGCCGAGAGGCUAAAAAAGGUCGCUGUGCCCACAAAAACAGUCAAAGUGAACGGCCGACUGGGAACAAUCCAAGCAAACUCCUCAACACUCCCUCAGCAAUAAGAAGGGAGGGCCACAUCACCACAAUGAGGAAUAAUUUAUCAAAUUUUACUACAGUUUUUUUUUUUUUUUUUUUCCUUUUGCAAGAGACAUUUGGAAAACUGGGUUGAGUCACAUUUUGAGUGAAUGUUGUUUAAAAAGUUUGGGGAACUUUAUCUGAUGCGUGACACACACACACACACACACACACACACACACAGAAAAGAAUAAAAUAAGAAGAAAGAAUGAUUUCUACAUGCUGUCUAGAUAAACUGUUCAAAAAGAGCUUCACAUCUCUCACCAGUCUGAGGCCUUAUGCUUAAACUAAUGCACUAAUGCUCAAAAAGGAGAAUGGUUUAAGCAUUUCUUCUUGAAAAGUAACGUUGCUCUCUUAGUAGCCAAACACCAGUAACAUCUGUGUGAUUACGGUGUCAUGGGUGAAAGGUUUGCAGUUAAUUCCACUCAGAACAUCAGAUCUCUCAGUUAUCUUCUAACAAUAUAUUGCUGGAAAAAGUUAAUCCAGUGUCCAUCUUUAUAACAUAUCGCUGUUCCUAAACAUAUCUUGCCAUCUGUACUUGAAUUCAGUAGUUUUAACUGGAAAGUUGUACAACAUGUGUGCCAAUGAAAGCAAAUUUAAAUGGUUUAUGGUACUUUCUCAUCUUUUUCUCCCUUUUUUCUGAACUUUUUUUUAAAAUCACAGUUAAGUUAUGGAUGCCUUAUACUGUUGCUCAGUCAGUGUUAUGUAUAUGAUGUUUGCUGUAAAAAAUCUAUUUUGUUCUAAAAUAUGGUGUGCAAUAUGUUGGAUCAAGAUUUCAACUACUUACUGUAAUAUCUGUUUAACAAAUGAAGAUAAUUGAAAACGUAUGUAUACUAAGAAAACAAUAGAUAGAUCAAUUUACAAUGUUUGAUUUUUUAAAAAUGCAUUAUUUUAUCCAGUUCUGGUCCUUAAUGCCAACUUCUACAGUUCUUGGCUCUGAAGAGGAGUAAGAUGGUGGUCACCGACUAGUGCCUGUUAGCUCAAUGUGCUUCUGUUUCAGCUUCUAAUCAUCAUUUAUGCUGCUGUUUAAAAUCUCAAUCGUUGUAUAGUCAUUGCCCUGCAAAAACUAUACUUGUACAGUAGCAAUAUGACUGACCGUGCCUUUGAUGUGUGGUGUAUUAGAGAAAUUAAGAUGAACCUGUGCUUGAGAUUUUAACAUUUUUGAAGCACUGGUAUUGAAAUAUUUCAAUGGUGGACGUCACUACAAGCAAAGAGAUUAGUUUAUUAAUCAACAAGUCAUUACCAGAACAUGUUGGCUGUGUAAUACAAGCCAGUAGUCAUAAGAAAGCAGAAGUUUGGGGGUUAUGAAUGUUCUUAAUUUAGUGUUAUUGCAUUCCAUUAUGCUCCUCUGUAGGUGAAGUUUACAGUAUGAAGUAGUAGCUAUGGUUGAUAGAGAGAGAGAGAGUGGACCAGUGCCAUUAAAUGGUAUAGUUAUAGAUAAAGACGUCCACGCUGAAUGAUCUCUAGAAUCAAGAAAACUAGCUAUUCUGGUGUAAAUGCUUGCUGCUGUGGAUUGGGAGAUAAAUCUGAGUGAAAGAAUUCCUAGUUUUAUAGAGAUUUAUUUUAAUUUAUGAUCACUCAAAAAAUACUUUUACUGUUGUUGUAUGUUUUUUUCCUGAGAGUGAAAACCUUAAUAGCUUUUCGGUUUUGUUUUGUUUUUCUCUCACUAGAAGGGAUUUCAUUUCUGCUCGAUGGUUUCAUCUACACACAACAGCCUUCAGCACAUUGUAGCAUUGUAUAUUUUGUAAACUAAAGAAAGGUCUUCACCAUGAAAGAUUUAACUCAUUGAUAGAGAGCUAUUUCACUGAUAGUAUGAACAUUUUAUAAGCUAUUGCUUUUAAGUUUUAAGUGCAAAUUGUCUUUUUUGUUUUCCUUUGGGAGUUUGCACAGUUAUUUUUGUCUACCUAAUUUUUGA